UUUUGGACCCUCAGAGCUAGUGACACAGAAGAGGACCAGAUAUUGUGAUAUCACCUCCAAAACCACAACUCCAUCUCCCUCCGGUCCUCCAGCUGACCCUCCUUCUCUCUGAGAUCAGGACCGGCUCCCUGACUCCUGCUGUGGACUACAGUUUCAUCAGGACCGGGUCAUCCCCUCUCAGCCCAGACCACAGACCAGCUGAUCAAAGCACGGAGUGGUCCGGUCCAGGUCCGGUCUCAGUCCACUCCGGUCCCAGGAUGGCAGGUGCACCGUUCUGUUUGAUGGCUAUGAUGACCGCGGCGCUCCUGCUGAGCCUCAGAGCUGAAGCUGCAGGUCAGAACCCAGACCACGUCCUGCAGGGGACGGGGGUGAAACCAGAAGCUCGACGGCCCGGCGAGGACUCCACCAUCGCACCAGAGGACGCCGCUCGAUUCCUCAGCUGCUACUGUUCCGGUCACUGUCCUGACGACGCCACGAACAACACCUGCCAGACCAACGGUCAGUGUUUCGCCAUCAUCGAGGAGGACGAACAUGGAGAGGCCAUCCUCACCUCGGGCUGCAUGAAGUAUGAAGGCUCACACUUCCAGUGCAAGGACUCUCCCAAAGCUCAGACCAGGAGGACAAUCGAGUGCUGCAACACAGAUUUCUGCAACAGGGACCUGCAGCCCACCCUCCCCCCGCAGGCUCCCUCAGAAGGCAGCCCCCACUGGCUGGCCUUCGUCAUCUCCAUGACGAUCUGCUGCUGCACUCUGAUCUGCGUCACCGUGGUCUGUUACUACAGAUAUAAGUGGCAGACUGAGCGUCAGCGGUAUCACAAAGAUCUGGAGCAGGAAGUCUUCAUCCCUGCUGGAGAAUCCCUCAAAGACCUCAUCCACCAGUCACAGAGCUCUGGCAGCGGCUCGGGGCUCCCCCUGCUGGUGCAGAGAACUAUCGCCAAGCAGAUCCAGAUGGUGCGCCAGAUCGGUAAAGGUCGGUACGGUGAGGUGUGGCUGGGCCGCUGGAGGGGGGAGAAGGUGGCUGUCAAAGUGUUCUUCACCAGAGAGGAGGCGAGCUGGUUCAGAGAGACGGAGAUCUAUCAGACGGUCCUGAUGAGACACGAGAACAUCCUCGGCUUCAUCGCGGCCGACAUUAAAGGGACAGGCGCCUUCACGCAGCUCUUCCUCAUCACCGACCACCACGAGAACGGAUCUCUGUAUGACUACCUGAAGCUGACCACGCUGGACACGCAGGCUCUGCUGCGCCUCGCCUACUCGGCGGCCUGCGGCCUCUGUCACCUGCACACGGAGAUCUACGGCACGCAGGGCAAACCGGCCAUCGCCCACCGAGACCUGAAGAGCAAGAACAUCCUGAUCAAGAAGAACGGAACCUGCUGCAUUGCUGACCUGGGCCUUGCCGUCAAGUUCAACAGCGACACUAACGAGGUGGACGUCCCUCUGAGCACCCGGGUGGGGACGAGGCGCUACAUGGCCCCCGAGGUCCUGGAUGAGAGCCUCAACAAGAACCACUUCCAGGCCUACAUCAUGGCCGACAUGUACAGCUACGGCCUCGUCAUCUGGGAGAUGGCCCGACGCUGUGUCACUGGAGGGAUCGUGGAGGACUAUCAGCUGCCGUACUACGACAUGGUUCCCUCUGACCCGUCCUACGAGGACAUGCUGGAGGUAGUGUGUGUGAAAGGACUUCGACCCACAGUGUCCAACCGCUGGAACAGUGACGAGUGCCUCCGGGCCAUGCUGAAGCUGAUGUCAGAGUGCUGGGCUCAUAACCCCGCCUCCCGCCUCACCAUCCUCAGAGUGAAGAAAACGCUCGCCAAGAUGGUAGAGUCCCAGGACAUCAAGAUCUGACCUCCCUCAUCAUCAUCCUCUUCCUCCUCGUCCCACCUCAAUCGCCAGAUUCACCUGAACUCACCCUGACCUGGACCGGAUCAGACCGGACCGGUUUCCCCAGGCUCACCUUCAUCAGGAGGAGGAAAAGGAGGAGGAGUUGGGAGAUAAAAAAGGACCCGUCUCAGGGCUGAACUGUGCACC